AACGCCCAGCUUGAGUUUUGUUUACACCCAAAAAAAAAAACAAAAUCACCCAAAACAAGGCAAAAGCUGUCAAUUGAAACGGUCUGAAACUGAAGCGAUGAGCACUCUACCAGGAACAGGAGCAGCUGUAAUGAUCACAGACCUGGAUCACAGCGAGCAGGAGCAGGUGAAGCAGCCGGAUAAGCUGCCUCGCCCCUCCACGCAGCCGAAAAGGCAACGAAAGGUGCUGCAAACAUUGACAGGCAACUUCAGUCGUAGGUCCAAAAGUGUGGAAGUGGAGCAUCAUCAGGACUUGAGUGGAGUUGGCAAAAAGAAGCAGGAGCGCACACUGAACGGAUUGUUACAGGCCAAGGAACAGCAGCUGGAGCAGCUGCUCCAAAGACUUGCCACGCUGCACAAAUACAACGAGCAGUUUGCGAGUGAAAAUGAGCAACUGCGUCUGCAGGCUGAGCAGCUGGAGCAGCGUCUAGGCAAGGCGGAGCAGCAGAUUGUGAACUGCAGCCGUUGCCAGCAGCUGCAGCGACAACUGACGGGUUACCAGGAGCAGAACCAGGAACUGGCGAACGAUGUGGAUAUGCUGAAAACGUUGGUUUUCCGUUUGAAUGUGCAAAUUGAAUGCUAUCAGGAUCAGCGUAGAAAUGGCGCCGAGGAUGCACCCGCUCCCACUCCCACUCCAACUGGCGCCUGCGCGCUGCCCGCUUGGACAGCAGGAUUACCAACGCACACGUUGACACCGCUGCUGCAGGCUUACGAUGAAUCGCUGCGGGACAAGGAUGCACUGCUUCAGCAGUAUGCCAGCGAAUUCGAGAUCUUUGCCAAUGAGCUGAAACGUUGCCUGGAGGAGAAUACGCGUCUGUUGCAGUCGCAGGAGCAACUGCGCCGCGACGUGGGCGGCUGGCAGGAGGAGCGUGUGCGCCUCCAGGCCCAGUUGGGCGUCUGUCGCACCAGGGCCGAGACGCAGACGCGGAAAACAGAUCUGGUCAAGGAGAAACUGGUGGAAGUGAUGCACUUCUAUGAGCAACGCAAUCAGACGCUGCUGCUGGACAUGAAUCAUCUUCAAGAUGCAUUCGCACGCUGCAAAGCGGAACUGGUCACACUGAGGACCAGCACCAAGCCGGAGGUGGCAAUUGUACCUCCGGAGAACACUCCCAGUGCCAGCGAAGCGGAUGCAGUGCAGCAGUGUAAAACGCUGCUCGAGCAACUCAAACAGGAGCAUGCUCGGGAGCGUGGCGCACUUGAGGAACAGCUCCUGGCGAGCAACAAUCGGGCGGCGUCGCUCCUGCGCAGCUCAGAGAAGGCGAAACAUGCCAAGGAUCGACUCAAGGCACGCCUUCGCAUGACCCUGCAGUGGGCCCAAAAGCUGGAAGCGGGUCAGGUGGAGAUGCGGGAAACGUACGACGCAGUGCAGCAGCUGUCCACGCUGCUCAAGCACAAGGAGUCGCAGCUGCGCGGAUUGCAUCUGCGCAACAACGAGGAACUGGACAAGUUGCGACACAAACUGCAGCAGAAGGAGGAGACCAUCAGGAAUUUGCUGCGCAGCAAAAUGGAACGCAGACCAGCUGUCGACUAGCUGCCAACUCCAAUUAGUA